AGCAUCCUUGGCUCCACCAUAACAGCCAUUUUGUGUUAGGCUAUAGAAACACUCUCUCUUGCUCUCUCUACACAUCCCCACCUCAUUUAACCCUCCCCUCGUAUAGACUUGACGUAGCUUGCUCUACCCCCUCCUGACACGCCACUGCGUACCAGGCCCUGCAAAACCAGACUCUCUCAGUCUGACGGUCUUGCAAGGGGGGGCUCCACCUGCAUUGAUGUUGCUGAACUAGGGAGAGGCUGGGAGCCUAUAGGAAAAAAAUUAAAGAGGAAGAAGCAGGCUCGAUGGAAUAACCUAUUGCUGUCCACAAUCUCAACAGGACAUUUUUAUAAGGAAUCAGGUGGUCUCUGAUUCCUGGCUGGGCUUUGUCCCCUCAAAUCCUGUGUAGUAAGGAACACCAACACUCAGACAUCAUGUCAGGUGCCUCGGUGAAAGUAGCUGUGAGGGUCCGUCCCUUCAAUUCCCGAGAGAUUGGAAAAGAGAGCAAGUGUAUCAUCCAGAUGUCAGGCAACACUACCACAAUAUUAAACCCAAAACAGCCAAAGGACAACAAGAGCUUCAACUUUGACUAUUCCUAUUGGUCACACACAACUCCAGAAGAUAUCAACUUUGCGUGUCAGAUGCAGGUGUAUAAAGACAUUGGGGAGGAAAUGCUUCUGCACGCUUUUGAGGGAUAUAAUGUGUGUAUCUUUGCCUAUGGGCAAACUGGCGCAGGAAAAUCCUACACCAUGAUGGGCAAGCAAGAGAAAGACCAAGAGGGGAUCAUCCCAUUGCUAUGUGAGGAUCUGUUUACCAAGAUCAAUGAUAAUAAUGACAAUAGCAUGUCAUACUCAGUUGAGGUUAGCUAUAUGGAGAUCUACUGUGAGCGUGUACGAGAUCUGCUGAACCCAAAGAACAAAGGGAACCUGCGCGUCCGAGAGCAUCCUCUAAUGGGACCAUAUGUGGAGGACUUAUCUAAACUAGCCGUAACUUCUUACAAUGACAUCCAGGACCUGAUGGACUCUGGCAACAAAGCCAGGACUGUGGCAGCCACUAACAUGAACGAGACAAGCAGCCGUUCCCAUGCAGUUUUCAACAUCAUCUUCACACAGAAACGGCAUGACAGCGAGUCAGAAAACACCUCUGAAAAGGUCAGCAAAAUCAGCCUCGUCGACUUGGCAGGAAGCGAGAGGGCUGAUUCAACUGGAGCUAAAGGCACUAGACUGAAGGAAGGAGCUAAUAUCAACAAAUCCUUAACAACACUGGGCAAAGUUAUCUCCGGUUUAGCUGAGAUUGACUCUGCACCAAACAAGAACAAAAAGAAGAAGAAGGUUGAGAACUUUAUUCCAUACAGAGAUUCAGUUUUGACAUGGCUGCUGAGGGAAAACCUUGGAGGUAACUCGCGUACUGCAAUGAUAGCAGCUCUAAGCCCCGCCGAUAUAAACUAUGAUGAAACUCUCAGUACUCUCAGGUAUGCUGACCGUGCCAAGCAGAUCCGAUGCAACGCUGUCAUCAACGAAGAUCCCAACAACCGCCUUGUGCGCGAACUAAAGGAAGAAGUGGCUCGUCUGAAGGAUCUACUCUAUUCUCAGGGUCUUGGAGACAUCAUUGAGAUUAUUCCCAAUUCUUGGCCAGACUUGUGCAAAUACAAGCCUUAUAUCAAUAGCAUCCAGGCUGCCAAUCAAAAGGGUGAUUUCUCCACAGUGACCAAUGCCAUGACAGGAAUGAGCCCGUCUCCCUCUCUCUCCGCCCUGUCCAGCCGAGCUGGCUCCAUCAGCAGCCUGCACGACCGGAUCAUGUUCAGCCCCGGAAGUGAGGAAGCCAUUGAGAGGCUGAAGGAAACUGAGAAGAUAAUUGCAGAACUCAAUGAAACUUGGGAAGAGAAGCUUCGCCGCACAGAGGCUAUUAGGAUGGAAAGGGAAGCACUUUUGGCUGAAAUGGGUGUGGCGAUGAGAGAAGAUGGAGGAACAGUUGGAGUCUUUUCUCCAAAGAAGACGCCUCACUUGGUCAAUUUAAAUGAAGAUCCACUAAUGUCUGAGUGCUUGUUGUACUACAUUAAAGAUGGAAUCACCAAGGUCGGUCGUGAUGAUGCCAGGAGUCGGCAGGACAUUGUCCUGAGCGGUCACUUCAUCAAAGACGAGCACUGUAUCUUCACAAGUAGCACAAACGCCUUGGGAGAGGGAACGGUGGUAUUGGAGCCCUGUGAAGGAGCUGAGUCUUAUGUCAAUGGAAAGAGAGUGACAGAGCCUAUUGUUCUCAGAUCAGGUAACCGUAUCAUCAUGGGCAAGAGCCACGUGUUCCGUUUCAAUGAUCCAGAGCAAGCACGGCAAGAGAGGGAGAGAACCCCGUGUGCAGAAACACCUGUGGAGCCGGUGGACUGGGCCUUCGCCCAGAGAGAACUACUGGAUAAACAAGGGAUUGAUAUGAAGCAAGAGAUGGAGCAGAGAUUACAGGAGCUUGAGGAACAGUACCGCAAGGAGAGAGAAGAGGCGAGCAACCUUCUGGAACAACAGAGACUGGACUACGAGAGAAAGCUGGAAGCUCUUCAGAGGCAGGUUGACUCCAGAUAUUACCCAGAAACCACGGAGGAAGAAGAGGAACCAGAAGAGGAAGUGCCGUGGACAAACCGAGAGACAGAACUUGCCCUCUGGGGUUUCCGUAAAUGGCGAUUCUACCAGUUCACCUCGCUCAGAGACAUGCUCUGGGGAAAUGCAAUUUUCCUCAAAGAGGCUAAUGCCAUUAGCGUAGAGCUGAAGAAAAAGGUUCAAUUUCAGUUUGUGUUGUUAACGGACACACUGUACUCCCCGCUGGCCCCUGACCUCCUGCCUCCCAGCAUAGCCAAAGACAGGGAGAAAAGACUGUUCCCUCGCACCAUCGUAGCCGUAGAGGUUCAGGAUCAGAAAAAUGGUGCCACACACUACUGGACCCUAGAGAAACUCAGACAAAGACUGGAUUUGAUGAGGGAAAUGUAUGACCGAGCAGCGGAGGUGCCCAGUACUGCAGUUGAGGAAUGUGACCACAUGAUGUCUGGCGGUGACCCCUUCUAUGACCGCUUCCCAUGGUUCCGCCUGGUUGGCCGCACUCCCAUUCUCAACACAUGCAUGAGAGAGCGCAUGAGCGACCCCACCCUCUCCCCCACCCUCUCUGAUCCCGACUCUGACAUAACCGAGCUCGCCGAUGAGCGGCAUUAUGGGAAAGUGGAGGAGUUGGAGGACCUGGACGAUGAGCUCUUUUUGGAGGACCUUGGCUCAGAGCUUGGGAGAGAGGAGGAGGAGGAGGAAGGUGUGAGGGAACACUGCCCAGGUGCCAGCCAUGGCCAGGACCCCUUUUACGACCGCUGGCCUCUGUUCAGUUUAGUGGGCAGGGCGUUUGUGUAUCUGAGUAACCUGCUGUAUCCUGUGCCCCUGGUGCACCGUGUGGCCAUUGUGAGCGAGAAGGGCGAGGUCAAGGGCUUCCUCCGAGUGGCAGUUCAAGCUAUCUCUGCUGAUGAGGAAGCUCCCGAUUAUGGUUCAGGUGUGCGACAAUCAGGAACCGCCAAGAUCUCAUUUGAGGAUCAACAGUUUGAGAAGUUCCAGACAGAGUCAUGCAGUGGUGGGCUGACUCACACGAGCACAUCUCAAGAGGAGCUGCGCAUUGUGGAAGGAGAAGGACAAAACUCAGACACGGGACUCAGUGCUGAUGAGGUCAACAACAACAACUGUGCAGAAUAUUCUGAUGUGCUGCUCCCUCCAGCCUCUCCGGAUGUUCCUAACAGUCCUCUGAAGGGCAGUCUCGAGUGUCCUUUCGAUGUGACUCAGGACAAAUCUUUACAGCACUUAAAGAUUGGCAGCAACUUCACUUUUAGAGUCACAGUUCUCCAGGCCUCCAGCAUCUCAGCUGAGUAUGCAGACAUCUUUUGCCAGUUCAACUUUAUACACAGGCACGACGAGGCGUUUUCCACUGAACCCUUGAAGAACACAGGCAGAGGGCCUCCUCUGGGAUUCUACCAUGUGCAAAAUAUAACCGUGGAGGUCACCAAGUCCUUUGUGGAAUACAUCAAAAGUCAGCCAAUCGUUUUUGAGGUAUUCGGACACUACCAAAAACAGCCCUUCCCUGCUCUGUGUAAAGACUUAAUCAGUUCAUUACGUCCAACAAGAAGGCAUUUUCCCAGAGUUAUGCCUUUGUCAAAGCCAGUGCCUGCCACUAAACUGAGCACCCUGACGCGCUCCACCGCCGGCCCCUGUCACUCCAAAUAUGACCUUAUGACCUUUUUUGAGAUCUGCGAGCUGGAAGCCAAUGGAGACUACAUCCCAGCUGUUGUUGAUCACAGGGGUGGAAUGCCCUGUCAUGGUACAUUCCUGUUGCACCAGGGGAUCCAACGGAGAAUUACGGUAACUAUAGCCCAUGAAACUGGCAAUGACAUUGAGUGGAAGGAGGUUAAAGAGCUGGUCAUAGGACGCAUCCGUAACACACCCGAGGCGGACGAGACGAUCAUAGAUCCCAACAUCCUGUCUCUCAACAUCCUGUCAUCAAGCUACAUUAGGCCAUCUUAUGAUGACAGUGUGUCAUUGGGAAUUGACCAAAGGACAUUUUACCGCUUUGAAGCAGCGUGGGACAGCUCCAUGCACAACUCUCUGCUGCUCAACCGUGUCACCCCCUACGGAGAGAAAAUUUACAUCACUUUAUCUGCUUACCUUGAGAUGGAAAACUGCACCCAGCCCACUGUUAUAACCAAGGACUUCUGCAUGGUCUUCUACUCCAGAGAUGCAAAGCUUCCUGCAUCGCGCUCCAUUCGCAACCUCUUCAGCACAGGUGCCUUCAGGCCCUCUGAGAGUAACCGUGUGACCGGAGUGUACGAACUAAGCCUUUGCCAUUUGGCAGACAUUGGAAGUCCUGGAAUGCAAAGGAGACGCAGACGGGUGCUGGACACCUCAGUGGCGUAUGUGCGUGGAGAGGAGAACCUGGCUGGCUGGAGGCCCCGCAGCGACAGCCUCAUUCUGGACCACCAAUGGGAGCUGGAGAAACUCAGCCUACUGCAGGAGGUGGAGAAGACCAGGCAUUAUCUUCUGCUGAGAGAGAAGCUAGAAGCAUCUCUGUUUCUGGGACACGAUUCUUUUUGUGGUAAAGACUUGAUGGAGUCGCCUAAGGCCUCCAGUCCUGUGAUGGUGAUGAACCCAGUAGUCAGUCUGGGUCUGGACAGUCCCAAUGAUAGACAGCGGGAACUGGCUGCCAAGUGUGUACGACUGCUCAUGCACACGUUCAACAGGCAGUAUAGCCAGGUGAGCAGCAGUCUCAGUGAAAGCAAGCUAUCAGAAAUGUCAGCAUCACUUUUAAGAGAGCGUUCUUCUUCAGCUCUGAGCACUCUGACCCCCUCCUCCACCUGUCCUUCACUGGUGGAUGGUCACUUUGGCAGUCAAGACUUCAGAGGUGCUGAGGCUAACUCUGGUGCCUCAAGCCCUGACCUCGAUCCAUUCAGCCCUGUAGAGAGAAAACCCAGGAGCUGCACCUUUAUCCCAAACAUCCAAGAGAUCCGAGUCAGCCCCAUUGUGUCAAAGAAAGGCUAUCUACAUUUUCUGGAGACACAUACCAACGGCUGGGUGAAGCGUUACAUUGUAGUGCGACGGCCAUAUGUGUACCUGUACCGCAGUGAGAGAGACAACGUGGAGAGAGCCGUCAUUAACCUGUCUUCUGCCCAGGUGGAGUACAAUGAAGAUCAGCAGACCUUGAUGAGGGCUCCUUACACAUUUGCUAUGUGCACCGAGCACCGUAACAUUCUCCUCCAAGCCAGCAAUGACAAAGAGAUGCAUGACUGGCUGUAUGCAUUCAACCCACUGCUGGCAGGAACCAUCAGGUCUAAGCUUGCCAGAAGAAAAUCACAGAUGAGGAUGUGAACUUUUCUCCAGCUUAAAACAUAUACUGUUAGCUAACAGGCCCUUGUGAUGUAAUUAGGUCAUGUGAUCAUGAGUGUCCUAUACCCACCUUAUCUCAGCUGCCUGCCUACCCUAGCACUCCUUUCCAUGCCAACUAUAGACUGUGGGACUGGCUUCACAAAGUGUGUUUAUGUGUGUAUGUCAGGCUCUGUUUAGUCAGUUACAAACAUAAAUUGACUAUAUUGAAAUAUUCAACACUCUCCCAACAUUGCUCAAAACUAGAAUGGCAAAACAGCAUUUAGACAUGACCCCACUCCUAAGUGUUAUGGCAUUCAUUUGUAAAUGCAACACAAUGCUCUUUUUGUGCUCUUCUGUGCUUUUGCAGAGUAGAUGUCAAGCGCUUUUACCUGGGCUUUAGUAGAUGCUUGUUGUUUUAUAGUUUUGGAAUGUCUUUUUGAAGGGAUGCAGAGCUUAUUUCGAAGGAACUUUUUUGAGUUUUAGGACUUGGUAACUGUCUGUUACAUCAACCCGAAAUCAACAUUAGAAAUCCUACUAACUUUCUACCAUACUUACGUUUAUUUUUAUCUCUUUAUUUUCAUCCGUAAUGUCUUCUUUAGCAUUACAUUAUGUUUACUUAUUUAUUAAGCGUUGUAUGUUUUAUAAACAUAUUUAAUUUAUCGAGAGGUCGCUAUAGCGUGUUACUUAUAAUUUUUCACCUUGCACUUUUGAUACCAAGCUUUGGUUGUUUCGCAGAUUUGUUUAGUUCAUUUGCACAAGAGCUCUGCUGCUACAGAGAAUCUCCACUGCUUUAAUGUUUCUUUUCUGUUACUCAUACACAGAAAAUCAUUACAAAGUCAGAGCACUUUUAACCUUUAGAUGAGGGAGAUUGGAUUUAGAUUUUAUCACAAUUUUUUAUAAACUGUUGUGCCCAUGUUCAUGAGAAUAAUGUAUCUUUAUUGCCUUGUUCCUCUUUUGUAGCUGCUAUGGUAUGUUCAGGUCAUCCUGGCCUUAAUGUAAUGAUAGAAUAUCAUAUGUAUUGAAACCAGGAUCUCUUUCUUGGUAUGUGAUGGCAAUGAGAUGUAUUAAAAGAAGAGAUCCAGUGUUGCAAUAUAUAACCAGAAGUUUAUACAUUUCUAUGUUUAAUCUUAGCUAAAUGGUUGCUCAUUUGUUUUUUGUUUUUUUGUUCUUUGUAGAUGCCAUUAUUAUAGCAUACCCACACAGGUUGAAAGAAUCCCUUGUUUUAUCCACAUUUUGCCUUGUGAAUAUAAAGAGAGAGUAUACCUAGAAAGACAGUUCCUAUCAGGCCAUUCAAAUAAUAUGCAGAAGUAAUACUGCACCAGAGACCAAAAACACAAUAACGUAUGUUGAUCUAUUCAGAAAUCUGCUGUAUAAUCUGAGUUUAUGCUAGUGGUCAGUCAACCAUUCAGUAUGUUGCUCAUGCCGUAUGUUGCACUUUUAAGAUCCUGUCAUGGGAGAAGUGAUGUUUUGUGCCAUGGGCCAGCCAACCCAAAGAGCACAAAUGUAGCAGCAAUACCGAGUUAUCUGAACAUAUAUAAGAGUCAUUGUGUCUUUGCUUUUCUGGUCUUUACCCUUCAAGCAGCCGUAUAAAUAUACCUUGAUAAUACAUUCAAUGAAAUAGAUCUAAAUCUAAGUAUCUUCACAUUAUAUAACCAGGUAUACCUCUCAGUGCCCCGAUUCAGAUUUUUAUUCAUUUUGUCUUUAAUAAUGCUAUGAAUAUGAUAGCAUGCUGUACAUAUUUAUUCUGCUUUUAGAUGAAAUGUAUCAAAUGUAUACCUCCAUACAGUACAAGAGUAGCAAUGACAUAAAAAAAUAGUUCAUUUGUAUCAUUUUAGUGAAAUAAAGGAUUACAGUCAACUAUAAGCAUGUAGUGUUUGCAAACCCUCACAUUUGACACCUUAACAAUGCAAUGCAACAAGACACAUUGCAGACCAAUGAAAUUUAUAGGGUUUGUAUUUAAAAUGUGGCUCUCACUCUAUGAAUCUUUUGCGUUUCUUUUCAAGCAUCCCUUUGAAUAGACACCUGUCAUCCAUUCAAAUAUUCAAAAUUUACAGAGGAUCUCAAUAUAAACUAAGUGUAUCUACUGUAUUGCUUCUAUAUUUCUGUUGAUUUGCUCUGUAUAUAAACCUGUGGUCUAGCACACAGCUGUAACCACUUUAUACCAUAAUGAAUGGGCUGUAGUGUACUCAGUGCUCAAGUUCUUUGAGUGUUGGACCUGUGUCUUCUAAUGUCUGUGGACACUUAACACUUUGUCGGCUGUGAAAUAAAUGUGAAAUAUGCGCAAACUUG